AUGUCGGUUGAACAUCAGCCUUUCGUGCGGCUCGCCGAUCCGGUGGAGGAUGCUGCCCCUCUCUUCGACGUGUGCAAAAAAACCGUCGGUCCAGCUCUCCGAGCUGGCACCCCGAAUCUUAUUGCACCCUAUAUCUGGAACGUACCGUACCUCCGUCUCUGCCCCGAAUAUUGCUUUGCCGUCGAUGAUGGGAAUGGUAAUGCGGUCGGAUAUGUCAUCUGUGCACCCAAUACGCUAGAGUUUGCGAAGAAAUGGAGGGAAGAGUACUUGCCCAUCUUGGAAUCGCUGGAUCCGCUGUUGAGAAAGCCGGAAAUGGAUCCGCCGGCGGAUUGGGGGAAGGAUCUCACAUUGGGGGUUCUGCAGUUGCUGUAUAACCCAGAAGAUAUGCUACAUGAUGCUUGUCCAAGGUUGGUGGAGGAGUAUCCGGCACAUUUGCAUAUUGAUAUCCUACCCGAUUACCAGCGGAAGGGGUUUGGAAAGAAGUUGAUGGAGGCUUUGUGGGAUAAGCUGAGAGAGGCAGGCGUGAAAGGUGUUCAUCUAGUGAUGGAAGGGAGAAAUUUAGAUGCUGAGAGGUUCUAUAUGGCGAUUGGGUAUAGUAGGUUCGACGAGAUAGUGGAUGAAGGGAAAAGCGGCGAGCGUGGAAAAGAUGUUAACGGGAACUUGUGGAUGGUGAAAAGGCUAUGA